AUGAUUGAUUUACAUACAGUCUAUAUUUUUUACUCUAUCUCCUUACCCUUCCACAUUGCUGUGGGCAAAUACAAUGAAAGAACAUCACCGUGGUUCGCGCAUCACCCUAUCAUCUCAUUUAAGGAUUCAUUAAGACGGCAACCAGCGAUAAAAGAAACUGGACAAUUUUUUGCUAUGCGGGAAAGGUAUGCAUCGGAAGUGAUCAAUUUCUGUCAUGAAUUAUAA